UGAUCAUGUUAACUUAGACACUGCUUUACUCCAAAAUUCGUAUUUUCGUAUUUGUUGGUUAUAUUUACAACAGAAAUUGUCAAAUAAUUUUACGAACAAAUUUGAUAUGGCUGGUGGUUUUACGGAAACUGCUUUUAUCAAAAAAUUGGGUGAAUUAAACAAUUCUUCACAAAGUAUUCAAACAUUAUCAUUAUGGCUAAUUCAUCACAGAAAACACUAUAGCACUGUGGUCAAGAUUUGGAUUAGAGAACUGAUAAAAGCAAAAGAAAAUAAAAAAUUGACUUUUAUGUAUCUUGCAAAUGACGUUAUUCAGAACAGUAGGAAAAAAGGACCUGAAUAUGGACAAGAAUAUGGUUUACAUUUAAAAAAAGCUUUCGAACACAUGUCCAGAAGCGAUGAGAAAACAAAAAAUAGUUUAGACAGAUUGCUCACGAUUUGGAAUGAUCGUGGUAUUUACGAUGGAAUUUUAAUAAGCGAAUUUAAGAGAGCGCUCGUUUUAGGAAAGGAUGAACCACCACAAAAAAGGUCUAAACCAAAUGACAAAAAAAGCAGGAGCCCUACUAGAGAAAGGAGAAAGUCCGAGACUGAAAAAAUUGUUGAGAAUUCAGAUGGAUCUAUAGAAACACAUGUCCACUUAAGUCCUCAUACUCCUCCCGGAGAUCCUCCAGAACCUGAGGAAUUAAUAAGGGCAAUACAAGAGUUGGAGUUAAAUAUUGCGUCUUCAGAUGAAAUUGUUAGAGAAAGAAUCGCCCAACUCCCUAGGGAAGUAUCUGAAGUGUCCCUAAUUUCAAAAAUAGAAGAUAAAGAGGCAGCCGAGAAACUUAGUGUACAAGUUGGGGACGCAGUUCAUUUGCUGAGCCAGUACAAUAUGAGGUUGGCUGCCGAGAUGGAGCAUCGAAAAAAAGUUGCAAUUAUGAUGAGGGAGUACCUGCAUGUACAAGAAGAACUAUUGGCUCAAGCCGAACGAAAUUUAGAGGAAUACCAAGAGAAACUACUAAAAGUAUUUAGCGUUCGUUCCGAACUCAACAAUCAUAUCCGAAAUUUACCGGAUUUGACGCAACUACCAAACGUAACCGAUGGAUUAGCCCCCCUUCCCUCGGCCGAACAUUUAUUUAUGCAAUAAGAUAACCACUGGUUUAAACGUUUAUAUUGUUGUUUGGCGUCGUACAUUGUUCAAUUCCUUAGUAAUACGAAGCAGGGGAAGGCAAGAAUGUAGACUAAUUAGAGGUAGCCCGUUAUUAUUUUUGUAUGAAUUUAGGUAUCCUAAAACUUUUUAUUGUUGAAACAGUGGUUGGCAUCUAACUAAUGUUUAAAAUGAAUAUUUUUCUUUGAAGGAUCUGAAAAAUCCUACUUAUCGUGAACUGUAAAAAUAGGAUUUAUAGUUAACUUUUAGUGAUAUGAAACCUAUUCGCAGAAUAAAAAGGUUAUGUUGAUUU